UGGAAACACUACUAACACACAUGUUGAGUAGCUGGCUGUUCAGUGGCUUGACGGUUCAAACAAGAGAAGACAGUAGCUAGCCUGCAAGUUACACAUUUAGCGACUUCGAAGUUGCAGAAAGAUCUCCAGGUCUUAUGGACGUACCUGCCAGGGAUAGUCCUUCAGAGGAAGUCUCCAUCUCAUCCUUUCAUUCUGAAUAUCCUCCAGACGACACUUGGAAAGAUGAGGAAACAGGAGAUGACGGCACAAGAGCGGAGACCUUCAGAGAGGACCCAGCACAACCAACGGAUGCAGCAGAGUUGUCUUUAGAGUUAGAUGCUACUAACUGUGCGGAUAAUGAUGACGACCUUGGGGAGGAUGGCGGACAUAGUGGAAAGAAGAGUUAUGCUGAGACAGCACGGAUGUUCAAGCUGAGAAGAAACCUGGACCAGCUGGACUGCUUCCACCGACAGAAGGAGCACAACGUGCUGAAAGCCAGAGAGGAGCUCAAAGUUUGCCGUCUGCAUAUUUCUGAGCUGGAGAGGCAGAGAGCUCGAGUGGAAGAGGAGAUAGAGCAACAGAAAGAGGAUGACAACAGCGCCCAUUUGUUUUCAUGCAGUGCGGCCGUGUUUCGCCUCCGAGCCCAGCACAAGCGCCUGUGUCAGGAAUUACAGCAAGAGGAGGAGCUGGAGUCACAUGUGGCCACCACUCUGAGGGAACAUGAACUGGAAAUGUGUCAGGUGGAGGUGGAAAUGGGUCGUUUCUCCCUCCUCCGUGUGGAGGUGCAGGAGGAGGAGCAGGCCUACCAGGCACUGCAGGCCCAGAGAGGGGAGGCCAGGCUGCAGAAGGAGUACACCUCCACCCAGAGCCUGCAGCUCCAGACACAGUGCCUCAAAGCGAGGCAGGCGGCCACACAGAAGGAAGAGGAGACUGACUAUCAGAGGACCACAGAGCUGGCGCAGGCUAGCCGCCAGAAAGCAGCGCUGUAUCUAAAAGAGACUAUCAACAGGAUGCAUCGGGAAGAGGCAGAGAACGAGCAGCAGAGUCGAGGGCUGAGGCAGAAAAGGAUGCAGGCAGUCCUGUCAUUGAAGGCCAACAUUGCAUGCACCCAAGAGAGCCUGCGAGCCCAACAGACGAGGGCCAGAGCCCAGGCUUGGAGACAAGAGGAGGAGGAGAGACAGCUGAGAGAGUCCCUACAGACACAGGGUAUCAACAGCACCAAGUACAUGUACCAACAGAAAAAGCUCCAGGAAUUCCACCGAAAGAAAGAAGAAUUUCAGGAGAAGCAGAAAUCCAAACGGGUGGAAAUUGUCUCCAAGUUACUGCUGGAAGAGGAGUUGUUAGAGAGACGUAAGAGGCACCAUGCUCUCCUGUUCCCUCCCACCCAGAGGUUGGAGAGGUUGGCAGGGCAGGAGAGAUCUCCAGAGAAGCUCCUUCAGAGCCUUGAUCCACAGCCGGCAAAAACAAAGGAAGAGGAAAGAAAACGACAGGACACAGUGUUUAGUGACAGCAGCUCUUCAUCAGAGCUUUCUGACCAGGAGGAGAGCAGGGACCUGGAGGAGGAGCAGGGCCUCACUGACAGCCUGGCGCAGCCUGAGUUCACUGGCCUCUGGGACCAGACACGUCAAGUUCACCAGAGCACUCCAAAUGAAGAUGCUAAAUCAUUACAGACGCGAGCAGAGAGACGAGAUAUGUCUUUGCUGCCGGUGGGGAAACCUCCAGUGGCUGGUAAAAGAGUUAUACAGGGGAAGGAAUUUAAAGGCUCACCUUUCAUCAGCAAGCCAGAAAUCAUCCUCUUCAAGGAUUUUGAUGUGGGACAGGUGUACAAGAAGAAGGUCACCUUGACUAAUGUCAGCUACACAACCAAUUAUUGCAAGUUACUUGGUGUCACCAUGGAUCUGAUGGAUUUCAUUUCUAUAAGCUUUGAGCCUCCUGGUCCAAUAUCAGCUGGGAUGGCCUGUGACAUGCAGGUCAUUUUUCAACCAAUGAUGAAUAAGGAUUUGAAGGGAGAGGUCCAGUUUGUGUCAGCAGCUGGCCCCUUCUCUGUGCCCAUCAGAUGUACCAUUAAGAAAUGUGAUCUGUCUGUGGACAUCGACCUCAUUGUCUUUGGUACCCACGUGGUGGGCCAGACCAUUUCCCGGGCUAUCACCCUGACCAACAAGGGGGCCCUGGGGACAUGCUUUACCCUGGUCUCCUCCCCCUGCCCUAGCCUAGCGCAGUCCCAGCUCCAAGCCCAGGCUCAUGCCUUGUCUGAGGCCUCCUCCGCCAGCACCGAGCUUUCACAGGAAAGGAGCACUUCAAUAGCAGCAGCCUCUGACAGCCAGGAGAGCCCUGCAUCACGGGACUCAGGAGAACUCAAAUCAGAGAGGAAGAGUCAGGAACCCUUGCUAGUCUCAGACUCCAAACAAUCAGGGGCCCAGACACCUGCUGUGUCAGAGACCCUGGGGGGUGUGGAGGCUGCCUCAGGAAGACGCAGCCUGGCCUCAGAGCAGCAGGAGGGAGGCCCGGCCCUCAAGGCCAGCACGGAAGAGCCCUCAGACAGCAGCAGUGACAUCACCAUCGGAGAGGUCAGAGAGGGGGAGGUGGGCCCGUUUGAAAGUGUCAAGUUGGAGAUUGUAUUCACACCCACCGUACCAGGGGAGGCUAAGUUGGACUUCCACAUCAAGUUCUCCGACCCAACCUGUGAACCAAUAUCCAUUGGGGUCCGAGGGAUGGCUGUGUGCGUGCCUGUGUGGGUGGCCCAGCCAAGCAUUGUCCUGAAGAUCUGCAUGUUCGAUCGCCUCUAUCAAGACAGUAUCGUGGUCCAAAGCAGAGCGAGCACAGCUCUUCGGCUGACAUUCAAGGUGUGUCCGGAGCUGAGGAACCACAUGGAGAUCCUGCCUAAGACCGGCUACAUCCAGGCCAGGUCCAGCUUCAACGCGAAGCUUAAGUUCCUGCCCAGACGUUCCUUGUUCGAGGAUGCAAAAAAGUUUUUUGACAGUGAAACAGGAGUGCUGGAAGUCCCCUUGACAGUGCAAGUGGCUGAUCAGGUCCGGCCUGUUCCAUUCACGGUCCAUGCAGUCAUCACCUCCUCUGACCUGUGCUUUGACCGGACAGAGGUGGACUUUGGCCACUGCUCCAUCUACGAAUCAGUGAAGACCAGCGUGCACCUCACAAACCUAACCCUCCUGCCCCAGGACUUUGGCUUUCUGAGCAUACCUCAGUUUGUGCAGGUCCAGCCCAACGACGGCUUCGGCACUCUCCUCCCAUUGGAAACCUUGGAGGUGGAUUUGAUCUUUAGCGCCAAGAAGGCAGGAGAGUACAGCUUUCAGCUCAACUGCAAAUCUGGAAUUAACAGAGACUUCCCCCUGUCAUGUCGUGCAGUCGGGGUGCACCCUCCGCUAGAGCUGUCUCACUCUCUGGUCCAGUUCGGAGCCACGGCGGUUGGUGACUGUUCCACAGCCGUGCUGCACGUGGUCAACGCACACACCAGCCUCAACGAGUUCACACACCCCGUGCCCCGCAUUGGCCGGGACCCUGUUGCCCCGGUGGGCCCCCGGCUGUUCGCCUUCACUCCCCCCGAAAACUCAGAGAUUAGCCUCACCCCCAGGACAGGCAAGGUCUUACCUGGACAGAGGUGCCUGGUGCAGGUGACAUUCAGGCCCAGGUUGUGUGACCAGGCCAUAAGGGAAGAAGCGGUGCGGCUGCUGUGUCGCUCCGAAGAGCUGCGCCUCCACGAGCUAGAGAGGGUUACCAAGGCUGAGGGGAACAGGAAGGGAGGGGAGCAGGAGGGGCUGUGUAAAAGGGAGGCCCCUACGGCCCCCCAGAAAGGCAAGAAGCCACCCCCCACCCGGCCCCAGGCGAAGCAGGCCCUGAAGGAGAAGAUCAGCAAAGUGUCCAUCAGCCCCAAAACAGACAGCCCCUUCAGAGCCCCCAACCCAGCCGACAUACAGUCAGGAUCAGAGGAGUACGCUGUAGGCAGGGCCUCCCUCCUGCACUCCUUCCCUGAGCACUACAGUCGAUACGUCAUCCCUUGCUUCGUGUCUGACGGAGAGCCACCGCAGAGUGACCCCCAGGCCCAGCCAUCCUGCAGCAGCCCCCUCAACACGCUGUACCUGGAGCUGCAUUGCCCAGCUGUUAGGCCCCCCCUGGUGGUCGCAUCCAGUAAUGGCCAGACCACCAUCAACUACCACCAGGUAGCUGUGGGACAGAAAGUGGUCAAAAAGCUCACUGUUCAGAAUAUUUCUCAGGAAUCCUUGGAGCUGAGGUCCUCAGUGCUGGACCUGAGUGGUCCGUUCUCUCUCCUAAAUGCUCUGAGACGGCUGGGUCCUGGAGCCACACACACAUUGUUACUGGCCUUCACACCCGCACUGGGAAAAAGGUACCGCGAGACUGUGGAGAUCCACAGCCCAAACAUGACCAUGGAGAUCACGCUAUGCGGGGUGGGAGUGGAUCCUCUUCUCACCUCCUCCCACCAGGGUGGCCUCAUGGACUUUGGCUACAUGUUGGAGAAGGAGAGAGCCUCCCAGGUCUUUAAGCUGCAGAACACGUCAUCUCUGGCGGUGCGUUUCUCUGUGCUGCUGCACAGCCUGUCGCUGGGGUGUAAAGCCCUGAGUGGAGCAGACGCUUUCCCUGCCCUCCUCAGCCCAGGCCCAGAGGAACAGACACACUCCACUGUGGGGACCCAGAACUACAGUGGUCAGAGCGUGUUCAAUGUGACGCCCAUAGAGGGCACCAUCGCCCCAGGAAAGAGCCAGGACAUCACUGUGACCUUCCUGCCAGACCACGAGAGCCUCCACUACUCGGACAUACUGAAGGUGGAGCUCAUGAACAAGAGCACAGUGUGUGUCAUGGUGCUGAAGGGUGCAGCUCGCUCUCACAUCAUGUACCUGUGUGGAGGAGACCCACUGGCAGUGCCCACGGAUGCCGUUCACCCUCUGCCAGCCUCCGGGGACUCUGAGCACACAGUAGACUGUGAGAAGCCCCCACUCCCUGUGCUGCUCACCCUUAGAGGCGUCUACAGAGAGGGGGCCAUGAGCCCAGCGGUCAGAGAGCUGGAGGUGGGCUGCAUCUGCUCCACACAGCCUAUGGCCAAAAAGAACGUGGAGUUCAGCUGGGAGGGGCUUCAGGCACUGCAACAGAGGGGCUUCACCGUGGAGCCGACCAGGGGCACGGUGGACGCCGGCCACAGACGCACCAUCACUGUGAUCUGGACUCCUCCUUGUGGCCUUAAGCCGAAUGAGGUGGUGCAGGUGUGUGCGCCCCUCACCCUGAGAGGAGACGAGACAGAGGUAUACAGUGUCACCCUGCUGGCCUUGGCUUCCAGAGCUAGUCAAGACCCUUCACACACAAACUAACCAAUAUGCAAACAUAUAGAACACUUCACACAGUAACCAAUAUCCAAAGAUACAGAACACUUCAGAUGGGACUGGAGGAAAAUUAACUCAUUGUUAUAUGUUUAAAUAUUGUUUAAAUACUUCAGUGUAAUAUACGAGUGUGGACAAAAUGUCCCUUGUCAUGGUACUUAUUGGAAAUAAUAUGAAAUGUUUUAAAGCAUAAUUUUUAAGGCACUUUGUGGACAAGUUAUAUGGAUAUGGGUUAUUUUAUAAGCAGAAAUAUUGUGGAAAGAAUAUUUAAAAACAUUGACAACAAUGCAUUUCAAUAAAUACCUAUGGGCAUAAUCACAUAAUCAGCCUUUGAUCAUUAUUGGGGGACUAUCUCAAACUCAAAUUAGACGAUAGCCCCUGUUCUAGGCUGGUUUCACCACCAGGGGGCAGAAUACACCAAUGUUGUUAAUUAACAAACUAAAGUUUGGGUAGUCGGUUAGGACAUCUACCUUGUGCAUGACACAGGUACAUUUUCCAACAAUUGUUUACAGACAGAUUAUUUCACUUAAAAAUUCACUGUAUCACAAUUCCAUUGGGUCAGAGGUUUACAUACACUAAGUUGACUGUGCCUUUAAACAGCUUGGAAAAUCAGCCAAGACCUCAGUCUGGUUCAUCCUUGGGAAAAUUUCCAAAUGCCUGAAGGUAGGUACCAUAUUCAUCUGUACAAACAAUAGUUUGCAAGUAUAAACACCAUGGGACCACGCAGCUGUCAUAAUGCUCAUUAGGAAGACGCGUUCUGUCUCCUAGAGAUUAACAUACUUUGGUGUGAAAAGUGCAAAUCAAUCCCAGAAAAACAGCAAAGGAACUUAUGAAGAUGCUGGAGGAAACAGGUACAAAGGUAUCUAUAUCCACAGUAAAACAAGUCCUAUAUAGACAACCUGAAAGGCAGCUCAGCAAGGAAGAAGCCACUGCUCCAAAACCGCCAUAAAAAAAGUCAGACUACGGUUUGCAACUGCACAUGGGGACAAAGAUCGUACUUUUUGGAGAAAUGUCCUCUGGUCUGAUGAAACAAAAAUAUAACUGUUUGGCCGUAAUGACCAUUGUUAUGUUUGUAGGAAAAAGGGGGAGGCUUGCAAGCCGAAGAACCGCGAAGCACUGGGGUGGCAGCAUCAUGUUGUGGGGGUGCUUUGCUGCAGGAGGGACUGGUGCACUUCGCAAAAUAGAUGGAAUCAUGAGAAGGGGAAAUUACAUGGAUAUAUUGAAGCAACAUCUCAAGACAUCAGUCAGGUUAAGUUAAAGCUUGGUCACAAAUGGGUCUUCCAAAUGGACAAUGACCCUAAGCAUACUUCCAAAGUUGUGGAAAAUAGGCUUAAGGACAACAAACAGAGUCAAGGAAUUGGAGUGGCCAUCACAAAGCCCUGACCUCAAUCCUAUAGAAAUUUGUGGGCAGAACUGAAAAAGCGUGUGUGAGCAAGGAGGCCUACAAACCUGACUCAGUUACACCAGCUCUGUCAGGAGGAAUGGGCCAAAAUUCACCCAACUUAUUGUGGGAAGCUUGUGGAAGGCUACCUGAAACGCUUGACCCAAGUUAAACAAUGUAAAGGCAAUGCUACCAAAUACUAAUUGAGUGUAUGUAAACUUCUGACCCACUGGGAAUGUGAUGAAAGAAAUAAAAGCUGAAAGAAAUAAUUUUAUCUACUAUUAUUCUAACAUUUCACAUUCUUAAAAUAAAGUGGUGAUCCUAACUGAUCUAAGACAGGGAGUUUUUACUAGGAUUAAAUGUCAGGAAUUGUGAAAAACUGAGUUUAAAUGUACUUGGCUAAGGUGUAUGUAAAGUUCCGACUUCAACUGUAAGUGUCAAAAAGUGCAUGGGGUAUAAUUUAUUUGGAGAAUAAGUCCAGACCACUGCAAGUUCACAUCCCUCCCUGCCUGUCACAUACUGUAUUGUUGUCAACGUAUGCCUACUCUCUGAUCAGUUCCAUCACUGUUACAAGAUCCAGUAUAUCUACUCAAUUAGAAUAGUGUAUACACUGGGUAUACCAAACAUUAGGAACACCUUCCUAAUAUUGAGUUGCACCCCCCCUCAGAACAGCCUCAAUUCGUCAGGGUAUGGACUAUACAAGGUGUCGAAAGCGUUCCAUAGGGAUGCUGGCCCAUGUUGACGCCAAUGCUUCCCACAGUUGUCAAGUUGGCUGGAUGUCCUUCGGGUGUUGGACCAUUCUUGAUACACACGGGAAACUGUUGAGUGUUAAAAAACCCAGCAGUGUUGAGCCUGGCAUCUACUACUAUACCCCGUUCAAAGGCAUUUCAAUAUUUUGUCUUGUCCAUUCACCCUCUGAAUGGCACACAUACUCAAUCCAUGUCUCAAUUGUUUCAAGGCUUAAAAAUCCUUCUUUAACCUGUCUCCUCCCCUUCACCUACACAGAUUUAAGUGGAUUUAACAAGUGACAUCAAUAAGGGAUCAUAGCUUUCACCUGAUCAGUCUAUGUCAUGGAAAGAGCAGGUGUUCUUAAUGUUUUGUAUACUCAGUGUAUCUCUGAUAAUAAUUCCAUGUCAAUUGUAAUAUAAGAAUUUUAAAAAUUUGCUAAGUUACUUAUAACAAGACUUUGAAAACGUAAUGAUCAGGAUAUAUUCCUAUUCGUGAAUUUACAAUUUAACAUGCAUUCUGUCAUUACAUCCUGGACUGCGCAGCUACAAAACAAAACAAGGAGAAUGAGAACGAAGUGCUCAGUUUAAUCAUGUGGUGAAGCUCUUUAUAGGAAUAGCUGAUGCUAUGGAUGGGCCAAUAGGAACCAUCCGUUCAGAGAGAUGCAUGUGGUAAGCAUUUAUCAGAGAUUGAAACAGAUUACACUAGAUCGGAUUAGUGCAUCCCAACCUGGCUAUAAAAAGCAAGGUCAUUAUGAGCUUAGUUUAAUGUAAUGUCACCCGUUUUAUUAAAUGUAUGAGAUCAUA